CUUCAAACACCCGUCAUCACUUCUUCCAUAAUAACUUGUCUCUUCUUCACUUUCUUUCUCUAUCUUAGGUUCCCUUCCUUUUAUGCUUCUCCAUAGCAAUCACAUUCUUGAUACUUCAACAGUCACCAGCUUCUGUGUCCUGCCGUUUCUUCUCUUUUUUCUAAGCUAUAUAGAACAGCUUUGUUUUUGACAUAUAUAUAUAAUUGUGCAUUUAUAUAGUUUCAGUGAUAAUUUCUUUAUAACAUGUCUAGCUGCAGAUCGAGAUCAAGACCAUCAGGGAGUUCAAGAAUCACAAUUGAUCAGAUCCUUGAUCUUGUUACUAAGUUGCAAAAGCUUCUUCCUGAGAUUAGCAAUAGGCGUUCGGACAAGGUUUCAGCUGCCAAGGUGUUGCAGGAGACAUGCAACUAUAUCAGAAGCUUGCACAGAGAGGUUUAUGAUCUUAGCGAGCAGCUAUCUGAGCUAUUGGCAAUUUCAGACACUGCACAGGCUGCCAUAAUUAGGAAUUUACUUAUGCAAUAG